AUGGUAAACGCUACGCAGGUUUCAUUUUUCACACUAAGUGCCUAUUUUGACACCGGGGUUUUCAAAUACUUAUAUUUUCUCAUUAUCAUAUCUCUAUAUAUGUUAAUUAUUUGUGCUAAUCUUUUGCUGAUUGUGGUUAUCUGUAUGAACAGGAGCUUACAUGAACCUAUGUACCUUUUUCUGUGCAGCCUGUUUGUAAAUGAACUGUAUGGUAGUACAGGGUUGUUUCCAUUCCUUCUGGUUCAGAUCCUCUCUGACAUUCACACUGUUUCUGCUUCUCUUUGUUUCCUGCAGAUUUAUUGUGUUUAUACUUAUGUGUGUGUAGAGUUUUGCAACUUAGCCGUCAUGUCUUAUGAUAGAUAUCUUGCUAUCUGUUAUCCUCUGCAAUAUAACACACUUAUGACAUCUAACAAGGUUGCAAUGCUUAUUGCUCUAACGUGGUUAUUCCCUUUUCUUGCAAUUGCUGUAUUGAUAUCUUUGAGUGCACCUCUAAAGCUGUGUGGAAACAUCAUUGACAAAGUUUACUGUGGAAACUACUCCAUUGUUAAGCUGGCCUGUGCUGACACCAGAGUGAACAACAUUUAUGGACUCUGUUACACUGUCAUCUCCAUCAUCAUUCCUCUACUUUUAAUCCUUUACACUUACAUGAAAAUCUUUAAAGUGUGUUUUUCUGGUUCUAAACAGACCAGACAGAAAGCUGUCAGUACCUGCACACCUCACCUCGCUUCUCUGCUCAACUUCUCUUUUGGUGGUUCAUUCCAAAUAAUACAAAGCAGGUUUGAUAUGAGCAGUGUACCCAACAUGUUGAGCAUUUUAUUAUCGUUAUACUUUCUAACAUGCCAGCCGCUCUUUACCCCAGUGCUGUAUGGGCUGAAAAUGUCUAAAAUACGCAUGAUCUGUAAACGCCUGGUGUGUGGAGACCCAUCUGUUAAACUCCUGAAGUUCGCUGACGACACAACGGUCAUCGGCCUCAUCCGGGACAGUGAUGAGUCGGCCUACAGACGGGAGGUUGAUCAGCUGGCGAUGAUCAUGGACUUCAGGAGGAGCCCCCCCCCCCACCCCACUCUUCCUCUCAUCACCAUACUCAACAGCCCUGUGUCUGCUGUGGAAUGCUUCAGGUUUAUGGGAUCCACUAUAUCCCAGGACCUAAAGUGGGAGCUCAACACUGACACCAUCAUCAAGAAGGCCCAGCAGAGGAUGUACUUCCUGCACCAGCUCAGGAAGCUCAACCUGCCUAAGAAGCUGCUGAUCCACUUCUAG